CGCCCUUUGCACGAUACACAACAGCCCUUACCCAAAAACUUGAAACAUGGAACACGAAGUAGACAGCUGGAUCGAACAGCUUAGCCAGUGCAAGCAGCUCCCGGAGGCUGAUGUUAAGAAAUUGUGCGACAAGACCAAAGAGAUUCUCAUGGAGGAAUCCAAUGUGCAGCCAGUUCGAUGCCCAGUGACAGUCUGUGGUGAUAUUCACGGCCAAUUUCACGAUCUAUCAGAGCUUUUCCGUAUUGGAGGAAAUUCACCCGACACCAACUAUCUGUUCAUGGGCGAUUAUGUUGACCGUGGAUAUUACUCUGUCGAGACUGUCACACUACUUGUGGCGCUCAAGUUGCGGUACCGGGAUCGAGUCACCAUCCUUCGAGGAAAUCAUGAAUCAAGACAGAUCACGCAGGUGUACGGGUUUUAUGACGAAUGCUUGCGAAAAUACGGAAAUCCGAACGUGUGGCGGUACUUUACUGACUUAUUCGAUUAUUUGCCUUUGACGGCGCUCAUCGAUAACCAAAUAUUCUGUCUUCAUGGAGGUCUAUCACCCUCCAUCGAUACCUUGGACCAUGUUCGGUCCAUCGAUCGGGACCGAUGUGCGAUCUGCUGUGGUCGGACCCUGAUGAUCGGUCCUGGUUGGGGAAUAUCACCUCGAGGAGCUGGGUACACGUUUGGACAGGAUAUUUCUGAAGCAUUCAACCACAAUAAUGGCCUAACGCUUGUCGCGCGAGCGCACCAGCUUGUCAUGGAGGGUUACAGUUGGGGCCAGGAUCGGAAUGUGGUGACAAUCUUCAGCGCACCUAACUACUGUUACAGAUGCGGCAACCAGGCCGCGAUCAUGGAAAUAGAUGAAAAAUUAACGUAUAGCUUCCUACAGUUUGAUCCAGCUCCGCGGGCAGGAGAGCCACUGGUGUCGCGACGCGUACCGGAUUACUUCUUGGUGGGUCUUUCUUGCGUUCUUCAGAGUCGCGGAUUGUCGCUGAUGCUUUAGUGAUUGGGAGUGCUGUCCACCGAUUAAUAGUGUACAUAUGUAGUGUCCUUGCUGUGUAGCUUUGAUCACGGAUAUGCGAGGGCAUGAAUACCACAAUAACGCUCUGGAACAGUGGAACAAGGUCUCAGAUCUGUACAAGACCACACCACACAUUUAUUGUCCUGCGUACCAAACAAU